UGUCCUCUCUCUCUCUCUCUCUCUCUCUCUCUCUCUCUCUCUCUCUCUCUCUCUCUCUCAAUAUGGUGAUGCUGGAAAAUGGUAUUUCUGCCGCCAUGAAUGCGAAAAUCGUCGGUUCUGGGGAGAAAAUGAUUAUUCUAGCACAUGGUUUUGGUGGAGACCAAUCCAUUUGGGAGAAAAUCCUACCAAACCUAGCUCAGAGAUACCAAGUUCUAGUGUUCGACUGGAAUUUUUCAGGUGCAGCAAGCAAUCCAAACAGCUUCGAUGCCGUGAAGUAUUCCUCUUUUGAUGCUUUCUCCAACGAUCUCAUAUCUCUCGUUGAUGAGAUGAACUUGAAGAGCUUCGUGUUCGUCGGUCAUUCCAUGUCUGGCAUGAUCGGAUGCAUUGCCUCCAUUAAAAGGCCUGAGCUCUUUCAGAGGCUUGUUCUCCUUGGAGCUUCUCCUAGGUACCUGAAUUCAGAAGACUAUGAAGGAGGUUUUGACAUCUCAGUCGUGGAAAACAUCCUCUCCAACAUAGAAUGCAAUUUCCAGUCAUGGGCCAUGAGCUUUGCUACCCUUGGUGUGGGGCCCAGUGAUCCACCGUCCAUAGAGAAGUUUGGAAAAAGCUUGCAGAGUAUGAAGCCUGAUGUAGCACUCUCAGUAGCCAAAACCAUAUUCUUGAGUGACCAUAGAGAUGUCCUUGAGAAAAUCAUAGUUCCAUGCACCAUAAUCCAGACUACUAAUGAUUUUGCGGUACCUAUGUGUGUAUGCCACUACAUGCACAAGAAACUGAAAGGAUCUCUUGAGAUCAUUGAAGGAGAAGGCCACUUCCCUCAGCUCACACAUCAUCAAUUGCUCAUUGAUAUUCUUGAUAGAAUCAUGGGUUUUGAUUGUAGUAAUAAGGAUAACUAAUACUCCCAUUCCAAGUAGAUAGAUAAAAUCGAGACCCAUCUUAGCAUUGGGAUUGUUAGAUGUUUAUGUUUUUAUGGCUUUGGGUGCAUGUAGAAAAAUUAGAUAUUUUGUUUAUCACAUGGAUUAUCGAGUUGGAUGUGACAUCGUCUCUCCAACCUAAUCCAGUUCGACACCAUGGAUCACCCUAACUCGGUUGAGUCGGAGGUGAGGAGCGAUUCACCUCACCCCCGACUCAGGUGAGUAGGAAAUCGAGUUGGAUGUGAGGAGCGAUUCACCUCACCUCCGACUCAGGUGAGUAGGAAAUCGAGACUAGAUGAGUUCGCCCAAUUCGUGGUCUUAAAUCCAUGGUUUAUCAUAUUCAAGAAAUGGGGUUGUUUGUUACUAUUUUCUAUAAUUAGUGGUUGAUUUAUGUAAAUGGUUUGGAGAAAGGUUUAUGGUGCAUUGAAAUUACUUGUAGUUUGAGCUUGA